AGCACGAUUGACCUGGACACAACCAACAUCUCACAGGUUGAGGUUAAUAGUAUACCACCUUGGUCAACUCCAACGAUAGAUGUUGAUAUAAGCUUAAAGCAAUUUCUUAAGGAAUCCACCCCAGACUACGUUUACAGACAGCACUUCGCAGAAAUUCAGCAUCGUGACAGGAAUCUAAUUCCAAUAUAUACUGAUGGAUCUAAAUCUGAUAACUAUGUAGGGUUAGCCUUUGUUUGCCAAAAUGAAAUUGUGGCAGAACAAAUAGCACCAAAUUCUUCCAUCUUUUCUGCGGAGUUGCAGGCUAUUUAUUCAGCCCUAAAGUAUAUAAAUAGGAAAGGUCAUCGUUGCUGCGUGAUUUACACUGACUCAGUUAGUGCACUUCAGGCUUUGAUCUCGUAUGAACCUAGUUCUCACUCCAUAGUUAUUAAAAUUCAGAAACUAAUUUGUCAUCUCCUUGCAAGGGAUUUCUCUAUAAAAUUUUGUUGGGUCCCAGGCCACGUAGGAAUAAGAGGAAAUGAAGAAGCUGAUGCAGCUGCUAAGUCAGCAAGUCCUUCUCAGCAUACAAUGCGUAUUGAAGGAGGCGAUUUGAAGCUAGUCGUUAAAAAACAACUAGCAGAGAGAUGGCAAAUUAUGUGGAAUGCACAAAUCCACAAUAAAUUACACGAGAUCAAACCGAUGAUAGAAAAUUGGACACGUAAUAAACAAUAUGACAGGAGAUCUGAAGUUAUUCUUAGUCGCUUGAGAAUUGGGCAUACUCGACUGACUCAUCAAUACCUUCUGAAGGGUGAAGAACAGCCAGUAUGUGAGUAUUGCAACUGCAUUCUAAGUGUGAAACACAUACUUUGCAACUGCACUGCUUUUGAUGUAAGUCGUAGACAACAUUUCGGAAAUGCAAGUCUGAGAGAGAUUUUGGGCCAGAGGCCAAAUGUUGACAAACUAUUGAACUUUCUGAAAGUUAAUAAUAUUUAUAAACAUAUUUAAUUAUUUACCUAGGUUAUAUUUAUAGAUAUUUUGUUUACUAUUUAUUUAUUUAUUAAUUUAUAUAUAUAUGUUGUUAUAAUUUACAUGUGUGUUGUUAUAUAAUUUUGUUAUUGGUUUUGUUAUUUAUUAUAUUAUUUAUUUAUUUAUAUUUAAUAUUUCACAUUAUAUAUUUAUUUAUUUAUCUGUAUAUAUAAUUACACCAUUUGUCAUGGCGCAGCUUGGCCUAUAUUGCCCUUGCGCCAAUAAACUGUAAACAACCAACCAACCAACCUUCUUCAUAGAUUGAGGUCAUUGACCUUUCCAUGGUAACGGAAAUAGAACACAUAAAUGUUGAUUUAGCAAAUUUAGUAGAAUUGCGAUAUUUCAAAAGUUAUCAAAGUUAUCGACACGAAAUUCGGUACAUAGGUAAAGUUUUAUCUAUUGAAAGAAACACCCAAAUAUGGUUGAAAAAUAUUCAACCGCAAAGCCAUACCAAAACGCCAAAGUUCAACUGGAAGUAGGCCGUAACUCCCAAAAUAUUAAUCGGAGAAAUAUGAAAUUUAAGUGGUGUACUCACAGUUUGAGUGCGAACACAUAUCCGUCAAGCUAUCCGGUUGAUCGGUCCCCGUUUUCCGGAUGCAUGAUCACUUUAAUUCAAAAAUAUUCAAAUUGUUGUAAUUCCUCACCAAAUCAUCCGAUCUCAACAAAAGUGACACCGUUGCGAUCCUGGUACCUUCCAAUUUCCAAAAAUAUAUAACUUUAUAUACUUCCGAUAGUUUAUUCACGCAAAAACACAAUUUUAAAACAGAAAUUUCCAAACUUUUUAUUUUAAAACCAAAAUUAAAUCAAAAUUUUAAAACCGAAAUUUCCAACUGCUGAUGCUUUGCUGGUUAGCGCACGCUCCCAGUAGAUAGGGACAGAUUCAGAUUUAUUAUUAUUUAGGUACCAAUAUUAGUACAUGCCCUGGUCUCGCAAGAGCAUCACCAGGGCAAGGAAUACAGGAGUAGAAAUACAAUGAAACAAGUAAAUACAAGAGAUAAUAAAAGAAAACAUAAAAUCAAAGUGAGAGUGAACUAAAAACAUCGCAACUCGCGAGUUGUUAUCCAUCGGACAUGUCAAUAAUUACGCGUGAAGAAACAUUUUAGAAAUCAGAGAACACGAGCAGUCUACAUUAGUUAAGGUGUCACAAGUUCUAGAUAUAAUGAUAGCUCUAUGUUUUAGAAAGACUGGGCAGUUCUUGUCCAUGGCAUUAUGUUCAUGUGAGUCCCUGUGUUCUUCAAUGCAGUUUGCACAUUGUGGUGUCUA